CAUCGCAGAAAGCGUCAGUUGAAUUCAAAGCUUUCCAAAGUCAUAACUAAAAUCAAACAAACAAAAAGGUGUUCGUUGAACUCUAACAACCAAAGCAAGCAAUUUCAAGUGCAUUUUGUGAAAAAAUUGAAAAAAAAAGAGAAUAAAGUAAAAAUGUCGCUUUUGCCAUUCAUUUUUGACGAAAUCAACCCAUCCAGCUACCAUCGUUUUGGAUCGGGUUAUUAUCCAAGAGAUUUGUGGGUUUCUCCGCUUGAACGUUCGUUGGUUCAAUCGUUAAACAACACCGGCAAUUAUUUGCGAUCGCAAUUAUCCAAUUUGGAUGGAUAUGAAAAAAAAUCGCAUAUUGGAAAAGACGGCUUCCAAGUCUGUCUCGACGUUCAACACUUCCAACCGAACGAGAUCUCGGUGAAAACGGAAAAUAAUUCGAUUAUGGUGAACGCCAAGCACGAAGAGAAACAAGACGACCACGGUUAUAUUUCACGAGAAUUCACUCGUCGGUAUGAUCUACCAAAGGGAUUCAAGGUGGAAGACGUAACAUCAAGUCUUUCAUCUGAUGGCGUUCUCUCGAUUAAGUGUCCACACGCUCCAGCCAUUGAAGGAUCCAAUGUGCGCCAGAUUCAAAUCCAACAAACUGGCCCAGCCAAGCAAAGCAUCAAGAGCAACGAGGAGAAGAAAACUGAUAAAAAAUAAAUAUCAUCUCCAUAACCACUACUUAAACAUUAAUUCACCCAUUCCAAAUCCAUGGAUUUCAAAUUCAAGUUUGACAUUAAAUCAUUCGAAUAAGUUACUUAAAUGUAAGCACCUAGAACUUUUGGUUUAAGUUCAGAAACUGUUUUUCGGAAAAGCACAAGUCAAUAAAGUUUGAAAAAAAAAUAAAAA